UCCUGUACACCACGUGCUCGCGGCUCAUCAGCAUAAUAAUCGUCCCGCUUCUGCGUAUAUAAACCACAAAAACCUGAGCUCGCUAAGUCCCUGCCUCCACAGACUAACCACACAACGAGGCGCACGCACGCGCGCACACGCACGCGCGUACACACACACACACAUAGCCUACACCAAAAAAACCGCCGCUUUCGCUCUCCUUCAUCUCUAACCACAACUUUUUGGAGUCACGUUUUUAACCCUUGUGAGCGAGCCGCUUUGGGAGGAGAGGAAAAAAGACAUUUGGGACUUUUAUGACUUUUUUCUGAGAGAGAGAGAGCUGUAUUAGAAAUAAUAGCUAGCGUGAUUAUUUGGCUUUUUUGUGCGUGUUGUUCUUUUGGACGCCCGGUGCGCGCUUGUUCUCUCUCUCCGGGGCUUUUUUGCUGGAGUCUCAGGAUGCGAGAAGACUUUUUACACUCUUUUUUUACUUAUAAACUUCGACGAGGGAUCUUUUAAAAUAGUGAUACUAAUAACAACAGUAAUAAUUUAACCGGGCGCGUGCGUAUUUCCAGUCGGCUGACAAAGAAAAAGAGAAAGAGAGAGAGAGGAGCAUCCACUCUGAAGCAUAGCCCAGCAGCACCCGGAGGUUCAGCCCGCCCUCCAGCAGCGUGCUGCCCGGGAAGGGGAGCGAUGUGAACGGCGGGAGCGCACAGCCCGAAGCGCAGCCAACGGCGGCUCCCAGACUGCGCGCGCACGACAACAGGAGCAUGGUGGAGAUCAUCGCCGAUCACCCAGCCGAGCUGGUGAGGACAGACAGCCCCAACUUUCUCUGCUCCGUGCUGCCGUCUCACUGGAGGUGCAACAAGACCCUGCCGGUGGCGUUUAAGGUUGUUGCACUGGGGGAUGUUCCUGAUGGAACAGUGGUAACAGUUAUGGCAGGAAAUGAUGAGAACUACUCAGCUGAGCUGCGGAACGCCUCGGCAGUCAUGAAGAACCAAGUGGCGCGUUUUAACGACCUGAGGUUCGUGGGCAGGAGUGGGAGAGGAAAGAGCUUCACUCUGACAAUCACAGUAUUCACAAACCCACCCCAAGUGGCUACUUACCACCGAGCCAUAAAGGUCACAGUGGACGGACCACGAGAGCCAAGAAGACACAGGCAGAAGCUGGAGGACCCUCCCAAGCCCGGGCUGUUCUCGGAGCGCCUAAGCGAGCUGGAACGCCUCCGCCAGACCACCAUGAGGGUCGCCGUGCCAACGCAGAGCCCCCGGCCCUCUCUCAACACUGCUGCCAACUCUUUCAGCCCGCAGGGACAAACACAAAUCUCAGACCCACGGCAGGCCCAGUCGUCUCCACCCUGGUCGUACGAGCAGCCCUACACACCCUACCUGAGCCAGAUGACUUCUCCCUCCAUCCACUCCACCACCCCGCUGUCCUCCACCCGAGCCACAGGCCUGCCCGCCAUCAACGAUGUGCCAAGGCGCCUCUCAGGUACGUCUGAUCUGAGCCCUUUCACGGCCGACCCUCGGCAGUUCGAGCGCCAGUUCCCCAGCCUGUCCUCUCUCACCGAGACGCGCUUCUCCGGCCCCAGGAUGCACUAUCCUACCACCUUCACCUACACCCCCACUCCGGUCACAUCAGGCAUGCCUCUGGGCAUGUCCACCACCACCCACUACCACACCUACCUUCCUCCCCCCUACCCCGGCUCCACCCAGAACCAGAGCGGCCCCUUCCAGACCAGCAGCACCCCGUACCUUUACUACGGCACCUCGUCCGGGUCUUACCAGUUCUCCAUGGUGCCGGGGGGCGAUCGCUCCCCCUCCCGCAUGCUGCCCCCCUGCACUAGCGCCUCCACGGGCAGCUCCCUGAUCAACCCCAACCUGCCCACUCAGACUGAGGGGGGCGAGGCGGAUGGCAGCCACAGCAGCUCCCCGACCGUCCUCAGCACAAGCGGCAGGAUGGACGAGUCUGUAUGGCGGCCAUAUUGAGAAGGACCUGACUGGGGCGACUAGGCUCCACUCAGGUCAACACAGCACUGCUCACCUCCAAGAUGUAGCGCAGGGGCUCUCAACUCUGGUCCUGGUGUACUCUGGUGUACUGAUCUGCAAGUUUCAGUUUUAAAUCUUUCACAACAUUUUGAUUUGGCCUCAAAUUCAUUCAGAUUAAUGUUUUAAAAAGCAAAAAAAUGCACAAAUGUGUGACAAAUAUAGACAAAAAUAUAGGUUGUACAAAAAUAGCCUUUAAAAUACUAUCAAUCAAAUUGCAUCAGUUCACAAUCAAUACAACUGAAUUUUGUAAGGUUUUGAGUGGAUCAGCAGAUUAAGAAUCCCAGAUUAUGCAGCUUCGCCAUCAGCAGCCAGAGCCAGAGCGAGUACAAUUGGCUGAGCUCUCUAGGAGCAUCCUGUUGUGAUACUGGCCAGCAGAGAUAUCUGCUAGGGAUCAGUGAUUUCCUCUGAAUGCAUUAACUGCCUACUACUAGAGGGAGUCCUAAUAACUAGCUGGGUUAGUUUGGGGAGAUUUAAUGUGGCACAACAAAAAUGGCCACAAUCAGAUCAGCAGAAAAACACCAACACUGACUGGAAAGCAGUACUCCAGGACCAGCACUGAGAUUCACUGAUAUAGUGCAAGAGCUAAUUUCUGUAACAACUGUCUUUAUGGAAUUGCUUCCUAAAGCACAAUGUUUGUGAGGAGCGAUGGUUAAAAAAAUGUUGUUGUGUACAGAGUAGUGUAUUUUGAUUACAGUCUUUCACUUUCACAUCAACCCUUUCCAGGGAACGAGUAAAGGCAUUAUUCAAGCUGUCUGGCAUCAUUCCACUGCAGAAUCAGUGCGAGCUGUACGAGCAAUCAGUCACUGAAUUGAACUGGCAUACUAUAAAAGGACUUUUAUUGUAUUAGGUACGUGUCUUCCAAGCUAUUGACAGAAUAUUUUCAUACUAUCUCAGUAUAAUUUAGCAUUGCAUUUUUUUGUAACACUGAACAUUUUUUUAAUCUUUUUUGUUUGUUUUAAUUUAUGUGUGAAAGGUCAGCUAUUUUAAACUGUACCUGAUGACUAUGUAUAUGCCCUUGGAUCGUCUUAAUUUAUGUAUUAAAUUCUAGCAGAUAUGGUCUGAUAUGAGUUAAGAAGCAACAUAAGCCAUAUAAACCUUAAAUUAUGCAAAGCGGUUAGAGGGACACAAUUUGAAUACGCUUGAAUAAUAUUUUUGGGGCACGAUUAUUAACUUAACUGUAUAUUUACUCGUUAGUAAUUUAAGUAAGUCGUUUUUAUUAUUAUUAUUAUUAUUAUUGUAAAGCAAUCAAAUAUCCGAUAUGUAAACAAUGAAGGAAAGAGACUAAGUUGUCAGACUCUGUCCUCAGAUUAACUGUAUUUUUGUGGCUUAGUGCUCCUCUACAGAUGAUUUAUAGAGGGCCAGUCAGGUUAAUUAAUGAGUGCCACUUACAAAAAAAUACGAAGACCCAAGUCUUGAACUGAGCGAAUCAUUUAUUUCCACACACAGUAUGUGGCAUAUUCCACUCUCAGUUCUUUUCUGACUUUGUUAUCCAAUGUUUAUUGAGUUUUAAUUUAUUUUAAAUGACUGUUUUUAUUUAAUGUUGUUAAGUGACUACAAGCAAGACCAAUCGCAUGCAGCACUCGCCUCAGUUUUCUCAGUUUUUCCGUGUUCUCAUGGAGAUUGCCUGUUAACACUACCCUUAAUGUUCCUCUGCAGUUUACAUCAAUCACGCCCUCACGAGCGCAAUAUGUACAUAUAUUUCAGCUUUAUAGCCUCGUCCUACAGCCUCCAUGCACAUACAUACAUACAUACAUCCAUGCAUUCAUACAUUCAUCUAAGAUUCAUGAUCAGCCUUGAAUUCUUAAACUGGACCAUUAACUGUGUACUGGUGAAGUCAGGUGAACGCUAUGCAAAAAAAAACACGAUGUUACUAUGAAAUGAUUUCCAGUGACUUUGCAUCUCAGCUGUGUUUCCGUGCAUCUCAGAAGUCACAGUGUCUUUGUUCUGUUGUGAGGGAAAGUUAGUAGCACAGUUAUUUCAGAUAUUCUUGAUCAGGGUAAAAAAUGAGGAAUUUCUAGAUAUGAAGUCUUGGAUGUUAUAUUUCAUAAUCCAGUUUUUGUAAGAAAGCAUAUGUAUGUUAGAACAUACAAUCAGACAAUCAGCUGAUCAAAAGUACUUAAUAAUUUUGCAUUGCAUGAUUUGCAAAAAUACCUAUUACUUCUGUUUCUAAUUGUGAAUUUAUUUAUUCAUUGACAAUCCGCAGCGUGUCAAGAUUGAUUUCUUACUGAAAAGAGAUCUUCGAAAAAAAAUGUCACCGGUUUUAUAUUUGUAAUGGUGUGAUUUUGUACGAGUUUGAAUUGAGCUCUUUGAAUUUGUAUGUGUUGUUUUUUUGGAAUCCAACAAGUGGUACUUCAUUGUUAAAGUGUAAGUUAAGAGGCUGCAGGCAGCACCCUGGGAAAACAAUGUAAUUGUUCUUCUUUUACUCUUAGUUUUACCUGGAACAAAGCACUUCUUUUUCAUCUUUGUUAUUUUCUUAUUGUUUAAUUUUUGGAGUUUGAAUGAAGCCUAAAUGCUAUGAGGAAAAGGGAAGGUAGAUGAGGCUGAAAUGUCAUGUCUGUAGACCUUUAGCAGAACAUUGGUACAUUAAACACACAAGGUCAUGAAAACAGGAGCAAGUUAAAUAAUAUACUGUACAUAAUCUAAAACAAUCAAUAUUUUGGUUUGUGUGCGUGUGUGUGUAGGGCUGGAUGUUAUUCAAAUAUUUUAUUGGUACUGAUAAUGAUAAUAAUUAGUUUACAAUGAUACAGUGAAAUUGGUCCUGCAACCAGUGGCCCUAGCUUUUUUUAAUUCCCACUCCAGUGCACCAUUUCAACAGGACAAUGCUUGUUCACAUUAAAAUGUGUUGGAUGCUAUUGAACGUGCUGUAAACACUCCACUCCUUAUUGAAAAAAAGCUAUUCAAAAUGAAGAUAAAAUGUUAUCUGGUAUCUAUAGCUCUGAAAAAAUGAAGAGACUACUUCAGUUUCUGAAUCAAUUUAUCUGAUUUUGCUAUUUAUAGAUAUAUAUUUGAGAAAAAUAAACAUUGUUGUUUAAUUCUAUAAACUACAGACAACAUUCCUCCCAAAUUCCAAAUAAAAAUAUUGUCAUUUAGAGCAUUUAUUUGCAGAAAAUGAGAAAUGUCUAAAAUAAUAAAAACAUGGAGAGAGCUUUCAGACCUCAAAUAAUGCAAAGAAAACAAGUUCAAAAUCAUAAAAUUUUAAGAGUUUAGAAAUUAAUAUUUGGUGGAAUAACCCUGGUUUUCAAUCACAGUUUUAAUGAAUCUUGGCAUGUUCUCCUCCACCAGUCUUACACACUGCUUUUGAAUAACUUUAUGCCACUCCUGAAGCAGUUCAGCUUGAUUAUAUUCCAGAAGUUUUAAAUUUGGUAAAAUCAAAGCAACUCAUCAUUUUAGAGGUCUUGUGCAGUCCUUGCCACAAAUGGUCAGAUCUGUUAUGGUGUCACAGGAGGGACAUACACAAUAUUAAGUUAAUGCUGAUCUUUGUAUAAGUUAUGUAUCAAAAUAUCAUUCUGUGUUAAUUAGAUGCUAAUUAUAUGUAUGAUCUCAGAUAAAACUUGCGGACCGCUCUGAAUUUUGUAGAUUUUGGAGCAGGAAGUGUACUUGCUCUCUGAUGCUGAUAAAGACUUCUACUGACUAUUAGAAAUUGGUAUUGAAUGACAUGGAAUUCUGUGUUAUUCAGUAUUAUUCAAACAGUUUGGUCAGUUUUAUAAAAAUACUGAAUAUUGAUAUCCAGCUCUGUGUGUGUGUGUGGAUGUGGGUGUGGUUUUAUGUUACAGUAGGGCACAAUAAUAAUCUCAAUAAUAAUAAUAAUGUUGAUAAUAGUCGGGUAUUUUAAUUAGAGCAUAAUGUGGACUGGCUGAGGGUUAGACUGAGGCUGUGUUCAGACUACAGGCGAAUCGGAUUUAAUUGUUUUUCAAAUCAGAUCUGAUGGGAUGACUGUCUGCACUGGUAUUUGCAGGUGAUCAGAUUAGUUUUGUGUGUCUGGAGAUACUGUAGUAAGUGUAUCUGCACGAUGCUGAUUCUAGUUAUUUCCACAUUGCUCCUCUGUGUUUCUGAUGAUCUCUAAUCUUCUCUGAUUAGAGGUGAAUGAGCUCGGGGGUUUUUUUUUAUCUUAACCAGAGUGUUCAGACUGAGACGCAUCUGUACAAAUCUGACUGUAAUCGAGUUUCAAACCACCUCUAAAUGAGGUUUGGAUUCGAUUAGCAAAAAUCAUAUUUCAUGUGGUUUCUGUCAGUCCAGACAAUCAAAAAUCACCAUGGAUACGAUUUAAAUACGUCUAAAACUGGAUUUGGACUGUCAGUCUGACCAUAGCCUCAUUAAAGACAGACCUCAGAGUGAUCACAUGGCUUUUCAGCAUCCGCCCCUUAGUUUGAUUCCUUCCUUUUAUAAAAUCUUGUCCUUUUUUUCGGCUGUGAGAAGAGCGAACAUGUUUACAGUACUGCGACUUAAAGAGCUGUGCACUGUUACCAUGUUAUUACAUAUUUCUAAUAACUGCUUUAUGGCAGUGUUUAAUAUUACCAAAAGUUCAGCUUGGUAUGUCUUUAAAUAACCAAAUGUUUUUGGUUGCAUCUCCGAGCCAAAGUCGUGCGAGCGAUUACAGACGGUCGAGGGUUUGCGUCAAGCAGUUGACGAAUGUGUGGCUGAGGAAUUCUGAGCUUUAGAAAUGCCCCAUGAGUAAUGUUCAUCAGGAGCUGUGGUCAGCAAAUCCGCUGCCGAAUUUAACUCCACAAUUUUUCAUUUUUGCGGGUGAGAUCCAGCCCAAACGGAGACGUCUGGUUGGUUGAGGUUCAUAGUUCUUCAGGGGUUACUGUACUUGAGUUUCAUCAGUAACUCAUUAAACACUCAGCUCCUUUCAGAUUAAGAGAUGAUAUGUUGUGGAUGUAAAGUUGGGCCUACAGACAGGCUGGGAGGUGGGUAGAUGAUCUCACAGAGGAGAUGCAUAACGCAUAAUAAUAAUCUUAUGUCUAAAGCAUUAGCAUUAGCAGAUUAACACCUUUACAUCAGAACAUAUAGAUGUUUUUGGCAGUUCUUCAGAGAGUUCAGCAGCGUGUUCGAGUUGUUGCACUCUAGCUCUAAAUCAGGUUAGAAAGGUCUCUCAGAUGCAGUGUUUUGUAUGUAAUAUUCUGGAAAAAAAACCUGUUCCACACUUUUAUAGAUGAAAGAAUAUCCAUGUUUUUGAAUAAUCUUCAUAAAUGUUUCGUUUGUAAACUGCUGCAGAACAUUUUCUGUUUCCGUUGAUGUUGUUUACCAUUGCUUUUUCAUGCACAUACUGUACAGAUCUUUAUGUCGGGUUGGUCAGUCACCGUGCCUGGUUUUCUGUCUCGUUCAUGUUGUUUCAUUAAUUCGACUCUUUUAUUUGUGGACUUUUCACCAGCUUCAGUGGGACUAACAAUCCUGUAAAAAUUGUGAGAUUUUCAAACAUUUCUAAUGAUUGUAUCAUUGGUCUUGGAGAAUAAAAACUGCAUUUUGUUAAAA